UCCCAGAACCUGGGGUCCUUCUGGACCCGGCGGAACCGCUCAUCGUCAGCCUGCUUCUUCCUGGACGACAUGUUGGGGGAGAGCACAGUGCCGCCUGCAGGACAGGAGCAGAACUGCAGCCUAAUCGCUCCAGGCCGCUGAUCCAGUUCCUCCGCUUGGAUCCGCCCGCCGGGUUUUCCGAGCGGCCGGAGGUCACCGGGGUCACUGCGGGCAGGAAGCCGCCAUAUUGGAGUUCUGACUGGAAGCGGGACCAUGAGCUGCCGGGGGGUCCAGAAGCUCCUGCGUGGAGCCGGUUCUGGUCCGGCAGGGUGGACCCGGACCCCCGCGGCCUUCUACUGCUGCGGGCUCAGAUCUGGACCCAGCAGGGCCCGGUCUGGACCCAGUUCCGGUUCUGGGUCAGGCAGCAUGAACGUGUUCAACAGGGAGAUGAAGAGGAGGCAGAAGAACUGGGCCGCGGUUCUGCUGGACGGGCAGCAGUACGACUACCUGAGAGAAGAGGUCGGCAGUCGAGUGGCUGAUCGGGUUUAUGACAUUGCCAGGACAUUUCCCAGGGCUCUGGACCUGGGAGGAGGAAAGAGUUACAUAGCAGAGCAUCUGAGCCAGGAAGUGGUGCAGGAUUUGGUUCUGACUGACAUCUCCCAGCAGGCUCUGAAGCUGGGCCGGCGGUCGGAGGUUCCCACCCGGAGCGUCGUGGCUGAUGAGGAGUUCCUGCCGUUCAGGGAGGAAAGUUUCCACCUGGUGGUGAGCAGCCUCAGCCUCCACUGGAUCAACGACCUUCCCAGGGCGCUCAGCGAGAUCCAUCGGGUCCUGAAGCCGGACGGCGUCUUCGUGGGCGCCAUGGCGGGCGGCGACACGCUGUACGAGCUGCGCUGCUCGCUGCAGCUGGCCCAGACGGAGCGGGAGGGCGGCUUCUCGCCUCACGUGUCCCCCUACACCGCCGUCACCGACCUGGGGAACCUGCUGGGCCGGGCCCGCUUCAACAUGCUCACCGUGGACGUUGAUGAUGUUCAGGUUCAUUAUCCAGGAAUCAUGGAGCUCAUGACGGACCUGCAAGGCAUGGGGGAGAGUAACUGCGCGUGGAACAGGCGCGCCAUGCUGCACCGCGAUACCAUGCUAGCAGCUGCAGCCAUCUAUAAAGAGAUGUACGGAAACCCGGACGGGUCAGUUCCCGCCACCUUCCAGAUCCUCUACAUGAUUGGCUGGAAGCCUCACGAGUCCCAGGCCAAGCCGGCUCGCCGCGGCUCUGCCACCGUGUCCUUCAGAGAUCUGGCCAAGGUCAGCCGACCCGGCGCCACCAACCCAUCCUAGGGUCAUGACCUCACCGGGUCAGGCGUCCAGCAGCAGGAGGUUCUGGUUCUGACUGUAAAUGUUGUAUAAAAAUCUGCUUCUGGGAAAUAAAGCGAGUAGUGAAGGAAACAUGAAA